AUCUAAGCUAGCUGGUGGUUGCAAAAGAUGUGUACUACGACGUACCCACUCGUGGUCUGGUACGGGUGUGUGACCUAGCGCCUUCGGUUGGGCUGUGUCCAGUUAAACUAAUGCGGUCAGCAUCAAUGUUGAAGACUUACAGGACCGUUUAUUUAGGGGAUAUAUUUACCACUACAAAUACAUUGGUCAUCCCAAAAGUUUUGUUCUAUAGAAUAUUUGAACUUCGGGAUAUGAAUAGUUGGAGUUGUAUCAGUUGUGUUGCAUGCACUUAUUUUACAAUCACUGGUCUUACUUCACAAAUUAUCCUAACUAUUUAAUGCGACAGUCAAACUAUGUUUCCCGAAAAUCUGAAAUACACGAUGUUCGGUUGAGUGUUUUUGACUCCUCAGUUUGUCUCUCACUUACCCAGUAUGAGAUGGUUAGGACUUCAAAGGCUAUAUACUGGAUGUUGAUCAGUACUUCUUGAAUCACACCAACUUAUAUAUGGAUAAAUUAUUAGAUUUGCUUGAGUAGUUUGUCAGUAAACAUAAGUUGUGGUAAUACGGCUGUUUUUGUCAUGGACUGUCGAAGAAGAAAAGGAAAAACAUUACCGAAUGAACAUUAUGAGCAUUGGAUAUUGAUUCACGGCAUUGGAUGUUGGACUAAUUAUGUUCACCCUAAUAGUUCAGUUUUAGAUAGAAAUAAAUACAAUUUUGCUAUUUUACGACAUCUGACCGAUGCCACAUGGAUGUUAACGCUUAUCUGACAAGUCCCGAACGGUCAUGAUUAUACGUUGUUUGAUUAUACUCCUUCGCAUUUUGUAGUAUAUUUUGGCAAUGUCUACAUGUAGCAAACUCUAUUCAAUAUUAAAAUCACCUGAUAAAUUAAAAAUACCAUCUGUUGACUCUCAUAUGGAUAAAAAUCCCGUUGUCCCAGCUAAACGUCUACAUACGGAGGGUAUUCUGUGGCAAUGUUGGGAAUGUGGGAAAUCGUACGAAACUGGGUUUCGCCUUUCAGAACACCUUCAAAAUUGCAAGAAAGACGAUGAAGUUUGUGAACAACUACCUGGUUGCCCUUUCUGUCCUCGUGUAAUUAAUCAGUCAAAUGAUGCUCCUUUUCAUAUCCAUUCAUUCAACACUCAUGUACAUAGAUUUCAUCCAGAAAUCAAGUCUUAUAUGUGCAGCUAUUGUUUGAAUUUGAUUCAAUCGUGUAAAAUCGAAGAUUUAGUAUCUCAUAUCAUUAACAUUCAUAAAAUACCUUGGAGGCCAUCGCCAGCUUCUCUUGCACAUUUACGAGAAAAUCAACUUCCUCAUCGAGUUGUUACUUGUUUAGGAUGUGGAUGGUGCACGUUUGUUUUACGUGCUAAUAAUGCAGCACAACCACCUACCUCUUUAGAAACUCAUAUGAAUCGAUGUUCAUUUAAUGGUGGUCAAGUUCAUCUAACGCGUUUAUCUGAAGAAACUUGUAUGUCUACAUUAGAAAAGUAUAAAGUUUUACAAGAAUCAGAACUGAUUAGUACCACAUUUGCACGAUCCUUUCCACAUGUACGAGGAUUUACCGGUAAUUCUGGAUUAAGUAAUAGUCCAUUUCGUUUUCAUCGUUAUUCUGGUAACACUGCAUCUCGUGCAACGGAUAAUGAUGAUAAAGCAUCAAAUACUAUCAGCAAUAAAAUCAGUCGUCUCUCUACCGAUCAUAAUAAUGAUAAAUUAUCAAACAAACAAAAAUCUAAAUUGGAAACUGUUUUAGAAAAGUCAGAUUUUCAACAAAAAGAAACAUUUUUUGAUAUUCCGUUGACUAUUCCACCUCCACCUCCAUCAUCACGUACUACUACUGGUCAAAUAAAGAAAAAACCAACUGUUGGUCGUUUAUUUGUAUGUCCAUUAUGUGGAGAUAAUGCAUUGUCUAGUUUACGUGAACGUGAUGAACAUUUACAAUCUUCACAUAAUGGUGAACUUGUUUUCCCAUGUCAGAUUUGUGGAAUGGCUUAUCCUCUUUACAUCGCUCUACGUCGACAUGCUGCACUUCAACAUGAUUCUGACUUUGAUACAGUUCGUUAUGGUCCAUCAGAUCUAUUGGAAUGUGAACCAAUCGAAUGUCCAGAAUGUCAUCUUGUAGCUUUUCAAGAUUCACUUGUAUUAAAACUUCACAUUAAUCGAGUACAUAAGAAAUUACAACAAAGUUUAACACCUACUUCUAAUGAUUCUCAACCAGUUGAAGAUAUAGAAGUAUCAUCAAAACCGCCGAAAAUUAGCAAAACCAAAUCUACAAAUCCUUCAAUUCAAAAAAAGACUUCCAUAAAAACUACUCGACGUCGUGACGCUACUCCUACAGUAAAUCGUUCACGAACUCAAUCAAAAAUUAAUAAACCUAAAGUUAAACAUAAAUUAUCUAUUAUUGGCGGUGAAUCAGAUAUUCUCACUGAUAGUACUACUACUAAUAAUAAUAAUCCUAACCCUGUAUCAUUACAAGAUACUAAUAGUAGUGAAUUUGAACGUAUGUUAAGUUCAAUUGAUGGUAAAUCUGCUCCAGCUUCAUGUCGAUAUUGUCAUAUUGAAGUGGAUAAUUUAAAAGAAUUACAUCUUCAUUUGGAAUUGGAACAUUUAAAUCCUGAUAAUGAUAUUGAACAACUUGGUUGUCAAGCAUGUGGUCGUGUUUUCUUUGGAUCAGGUGGUCGAAUUGAUUUAAUUGGACAUUUACGUACAUUACAUCAAGAUGACUUUCUUCAAAAUGUUUUAAAAUGUCCACGUGCUGAAAAAUUAGGACAAGAUAAUGCUAACAUUGGUAAUGAUAAUCAUACUUGUCAUGAAUCUACAAAAUCAUGUAAAGCACAUUUCUCAUCACCACGUCUACGUCAAUUACAUAUUUCUAUGACUAACAAUACUACUACUACUAAUAAUAAUAGUAGUAUAUUGUCCAAUUCACAAUUUUCAUGUCCUAUUCUAUUUAAUGAUAAAAAAUAUUUAUCUGAUCAAAUUAAAAAUUUAAUAUUACAUACAGAAAUUGCAGCAGAUCAAAGUGGUAUUAUAAUAUUAGCAUAUUGUUGUCCAAAUUGUUCACGUAUAUUUGUUGGUGAUAAUGUGCAUACUAGGUUUGAAUCACAUCGUAGUACAUGUGAAGCGGUAGCAACAACAACAACAAGUGAUAAUAUGGAAGAAUCAAUACAUCCUAUGGAAUCUGAUCAAAGUAUUGCUUCUAGUCCAAAUAGUACUGAAGCUUCUGAUUUACCUUGUUCCAAUGUUGACUUAACUUUAGAAUCCCUAGAACCUGUGAAAAUAUCAAAUGAGAAAUGUAUUGAUGAAAGUCAAACUACAUAAAGAAUAAAAAGUGUGUAUGUGUGUGUGCAUGUAUGUUUGUGUCUGUAUUCUUUUCUCUUUCGUACUUCUCAUUCAAAAACAUUGAUGUAUAUUUUCUCAUACCUAUCUAUAUAUUUAUUAUUACAAUGAUCAUUAUAACUAUUAUUAUUAUCCCACAUGUUCCUAUCCGUAUACUUUGUCAUUUAUAUCAUCUUUGAUGUCUGUUUUUAAAAAAACGAAGCGAACCAAAUCUACAUACUCCUCUUUGUACAAUUCUUCAUUUUAUGAUAUAUAUAUAUAUUUGUGUAUAAUAUUUCUGAAAUAAGAUCAUAUAUAUAUAUUAUGUAGUUCAUAAUGAAUCAAAAUUGAACUGUAUCAUGUUUA